GGCCCCCAGAGAGAGCGCGGAGGUGACACAGUUGUUCCCCUAGCCCUGCGGGGCGGGCAGCAUGGUUCACUCCAGCAUGGGGGCUCCAGAAAUAAGAAUGUCUAAGCCCCUGGAGGCCGAGAAGCAAGGUCUGGACUCCCCGUCAGAGCACACAGACACCGAAAGAAAUGGACCAGACACUAACCACCAGAACCCCCAGAAUAAGACCUCCCCGUUCUCCGUGUCCCCAACUGGCCCCAGCACCAAGAUCAAGGCUGAAGACCCCAGUGGCGACUCAGCCCCAGCAGCACCCCCGCCCCCCCAGCCGGCUCAGCCACAUCUGCCCCAGGCCCAGCUCAUGCUGACGGGCAGCCAGCUCGCCGGGGACAUACAGCAGCUCCUCCAGCUCCAGCAGCUGGUGCUUGUGCCGGGUCACCACCUCCAGCCACCUGCUCAGUUCCUGCUGCCACAGGCCCAGCAGAGUCAGCCAGGCCUGCUACCGACGCCAAAUCUAUUCCAGCUACCUCAGCAAACCCAGGGAGCUCUUCUGACCUCCCAGCCCCGGGCCGGGCUGCCCACACAGGCCGUGACCCGCCCCACGCUGCCCGACCCGCACCUCUCGCACCCGCAGCCCCCCAAAUGCUUGGAGCCACCAUCCCACCCCGAGGAGCCCAGCGACCUGGAAGAGCUGGAGCAGUUCGCCCGCACCUUCAAGCAGCGCCGUAUCAAGCUGGGCUUCACGCAGGGUGACGUCGGCCUGGCCAUGGGCAAGCUCUACGGCAACGACUUCAGCCAGACGACCAUCUCCCGCUUCGAGGCCCUCAAUCUGAGCUUCAAGAACAUGUGCAAACUCAAGCCCCUCCUGGAGAAGUGGCUCAAUGACGCAGAGACUAUGUCUGUGGACUCCAGCCUGCCCAGCCCCAACCAGCUGAGCAGCCCCAACCUGGGUUUCGACGGGCUCCCCGGCCGGAGACGCAAGAAGAGGACCAGCAUCGAGACAAACGUCCGCUUCGCCUUAGAGAAGAGUUUUCUAGCGAACCAGAAGCCUACCUCAGAGGAGAUCCUGCUGAUCGCAGAGCAGCUGCACAUGGAGAAGGAAGUGAUCCGCGUCUGGUUCUGCAACCGGCGCCAGAAGGAGAAACGCAUCAACCCCUGCAGCGCGGCCCCCAUGCUUCCCAGCCCCGGGAAGCCCGCCAGCUACAGCCCCCAUCUGGUCACACCCCAAGGGGGUGCCGGGACCUUGCCGCUGUCCCAAGCCUCCAGCAGUCUGAGCACAACAGUUACUACCUUAUCCUCAGCUGUGGGGACGCUCCACCCCAGCCGGACAGUCGGAGGGGGCGGGGGCGGGGCUGCGCCCCCCCUCAAUUCCAUCCCCUCUGUCACUCCCCCACCCCCGGCUACCACCAACAGCACAAAUCCCAGCCCUCAAGGCAGCCACUCGGCUAUCGGCUUGUCGGGCCUGAACCCCAGCGCGGGCCCUGGCCUCUGGUGGAACCCUGCCCCUUACCAGCCUUGACAGCAGUGGGAACCUGGUGCUGGGGGCAGCUGGUGCCGCCCCGGGAAGCCCUGGCCUGGUGACCUCGCCACUCUUCUUGAACCAUGCUGGGCUGCCCCUGCUCAGUGCCCCGCCUGGCGUGGGCCUGGUCUCGGCAGCUGCUGCAGCUGUGGCAGCCUCCAUCUCCAGCAAGUCUCCUGGCCUCUCCUCGUCCUCCUCCUCCUCGUCCUCCUCCUCCACUUGCAGCGAGGCCGCAGCACAGACCCCUGGAGGCCCAGGGGGGCCGGAGGCAGGGUCCAAGCCCGAGUGAGGGCCCGCCACGCCUCCCCUCCUACCCCUCUGCCCCCACCUCGGUCCUUCGCCUGGAAGAGGGCAAGGAGGCCAGCGGUGGGGGUGCAGAGGGUCCUCGGAGAAGGAGUGACAAGGGAGAAAGACCAAAAAAACUAACCAACCAAAAAAAAAAAAAGAAGAAAGGAAACCAACAAAAAAGAAAACCAAAAAUAAUCACAACAGAAACCAGCUGCCCCAAAGAAACCAGAGGUGAAAAACAAACAAAAAACCAAAAACAGACAAAAAAUCCCCUGCAAAACCAAAAACCAGUUGCAAACCAGACCUCAGUGUGCUCACCCUCACGGCUACGACACCAAAUAAGAACUCCCUGCCAGGGGCCGAGAAGCCUCACAGGGCGGACCUCACCGAGCCCCUGGCUGUGGGGCCAACCCCCAACUUUGCCUCCCCCACCGGGAGCCAGAGAAGGAAAAAGAGAAUGUGCCAGCCUCCUAGCCCCAGCCCCCAGUCCUGGGCCAGCGAAGACGAGGCACAGCCUGGGGCAGAGGGGUGGGCUUAGAACCACCCAGCAAAUGUUCUUUUCCAGAAGGUGAAAGAGAAAGGGCCUGAACAACCUACACCAAAUAUUCAGUAGCUUCAUCCAAAGGAUGUACAGAAUUUUUAGUGUUGAGCUCAAUGGAAUGUGUCCCUACCAUGCGUCCCCCUCUCCCCUGGCCUCCAGCUCACCCCACCAGGGCGGGGGGUCUUGCUUUAACCUCCUUCCUCUCCCAGCCAGGGGAGAGUGCAGGGGAAGGCCUAGAAUGACUUUCCACCCCUGUACCUCCCCUUUUCCUUUAAAGGGUGGGCUAGGCCAUUUUGCCAAGUUCUAUCUCAUACGUCCCCCCUCGGCCCGUCAUCCUCCGCUCUGGGAUCUCCCCCUCCCCAGCCCAUGGGAAGGUGGAAGUUCCAGGUAAGAGGGGAUGAGGUGAGGGCUUUCAAGUUGUCUUUUUUUCCAUCCUUGUCUGUCAGUUUCCCUGAAAAAAAAAAUUCAUAUUCCAGUGCCUAUCCGUGGGAAUCCUUCACGUUCUUUGACAUUGUCCAGAAACCAAAAAGAGAACUCACCUCACUCCCCGCACCCCCAUGCCCCUCUGAUACUGGCAGAUGCCUCUUCCUCUCCCCCACACACAUGCAUACACACACGCACCCCAGAGUGGUGGGGUUCCUCGAGGUGGCGUCCCCAUCAGGGUCCGUGUGGCGGGGACAGUGCCAUGACCUGUGGUCCCCAUCUGAGAGGGCACUGUGGUGGCCACUGCUCCCACGAGACCUCCCUCAAGUCUUGGCUGGACCCUGCGUAAGCUCAGCCCUGGACAUAUCUCAAGGACGAACAGAGGAGAGACGGCGCUGGAGCCACUUUGCCCUCCUGCUACUGUGGAGGCCAACAAAGUUUUGAACCAAAAACAAAAACAAAAAACCAAACAAACAAUAAAUUAA